CCAUAGCUUCUACGAUGACUCCCAAGUUCCUAAUCUAUCUAUCCCUGGUGGCGAUGCUGGUGGUCUUCUGUGCACCUGUAGCCGAAGGAACACUUCGCCUUUUCGCCUGCCUGACGGGAUCACCUCUGUGUCCAUUCAGCUCUACCACACCAAGGUGUCCCAAGGCAGAUGAAGUGUAUGACCCGGUAACUCGAACAUGUGCUGCUGCAUAAUGCUGUGUUGGAAUGGAUCAAUCUAUAUGUCCUGGCAUCAAAUGUUCAAAAGGAAUCCACAAACAAUGUAUUAUUUUGAAUUGUGUUCAUGUUGAACAAUAUAAGCUGCCAACAAUUUUUAUUCAUUUACAACUAUUUAACUAAAAAUAUCAAUAGAAAUCAAUAUACGCAUAUUUUUUGUA